GGACCGGUCUUUGGUGUGUAUGAGUUAGCCGCGGGUACCUGUUAUUCGUUCCGUAUGGGUAAUGGAUACCCCUUAACCCGUACAAAUUUGGGACAUGAGAUGGAGUUUCCUCUUCAAAUAGGAUUGAAUACUCGUUUCAAAUGGGACGGGUACCUAGUUUCGUCCCGUUGCCCACCCCUGAAAAUUUCAAGAUUAGCGAUUUAAAAAAACAUCCAAAUGUUUGUUUUUGAAAGAUUUGCCCUCAAUUAUUUCGAAAUUCCUCUUUGACUUCUUUCUUCUAUCAAUUUUGUUCCUUUACUUUUAAUAAAAUCCAAGCUUACCCUCACCAACACAAAUCGAAUCCUUUUUCAUCUCAUUCUUUCUCUCCUCCCGGCCCCUUCGCCGCUUCUUCAUCUCCUUCUUCCUUUGUUCCGCCAUCGUGACAAUAUCCUAAUUUGUACAAUCUCCAGAUUCAUCAGAUCUGGAGAUUUUUACGUUGAAUUUGGGGAUGACUUGUCCAAUGCGAAUCCCACUGUAUAUGUUGAUUUUUCCCCCUGGGUAAUACUGUGCUAAUGUAUUUUUAUUUUACGGUUUAAUACGGUGUCAUCUUGUUAUUUGGUUGAGCAGGAUUCGACAAAACAAGCCGAGUUUCUCAGAUGAAAGUCGAGCCAAAAUUGAAGACGAGAAAAUAAAUUAGCCGUCACUAUCAUUUUUCCACAUUUCUUAGGGAACUUAUAUCAUAUUUAACGGAUUUCUUCCUGCAAUGGAGAUAAAUAUUGUGUAAGACGGUUAGUUCAAUCCCAAAAUUGAGCUUAAAACUAUAUUUCUUUUUAUUUUCUGCAUAAUACUUAUUUUCUGCAUAAUACUAUGUAUUAAUGAGAUUGGAUUUAGCUGGACUGAACUCUUGGGCUUUUAUUUGUUUUUGUUCGUUGCUGCCUACAGUACUGUUGGGCCGUUAAUCUGAACCCCACAUUGCCGAUAAGAAAACACCCAUUGAAACGAACAUACGAAAACCUACACCAAAAAAAAAAAAAAAAAAAACACGAAAACCACCUUCCUCUCAUGGCUUCUUCUUCUGCUCUCUCCUUCCUUCCAUUAACUCAAUCCCCCAAGCUCUCAGCUCGGAACCCACUUCCAAACUCCCAUUCAUGGCGCCCGCGUCCCCCUCGCCCUAACGCACCAUCAUCCUCCUAUAUAUCCGCCUCUAUCGGAGAUGGGCCCAAUGCCACGGAGCCCAUAACCGUUGAAACUCUCCACCGGUUCUUUGAACUCAGCGUUGGCAAAUGGCACGGCUCCUUCUACCAAUUCAAUGCUCAUGGGAAGUUGAUGCAAAAUGUGAGUACGCGGCUCUCUGCAAGUACCUAUGGAGAAGAUGAUCUGAUGAGCCUCAUUCAAACGCUAUACAUAAAACAACCUCCAUUGUCAGUCUCAGACCCUAACGAAGAUCCGGAAUGGGCAGAAUACAAGAUCAAAGAGACCAAUAUGUUUACUGUCGACAGAUAUCAGCAGAUCGGCUUUUUCCCCGACACAAGGGCUUUCGCCUUAAGGUACCAGACCGCUGGCAUGCUGGAGACUGUUUUGAGGCAAGGUGUGUUGGGUGAAAAUGACACAGGAGAAGAGUCUCCCAGGAAUCUUAAGCUUCCAUCACGAAGGCCUUCUAUAGUAUGCGAGAAUUGUUUAUAUUCGCAAGACAUAGAUAGUAGGCGGGCAAGAGCCUUUCACGUUAUGAACCCUGGAGGUGACCUAGAUAUGCUUCUUGUGUUCCUGGAAGAUAGAGGGGAUGGGAAUCAUCCUCCUCCUUCACUUGACAAUCUUGGUGAGACUGCUGGUAGGGUUGAACCGUUUCUUGGUAGGUGGGAAGGUCAUUCAAUGACGAAGAGAAGUGGUGUUUAUGGAUCAACACUUACUGAAGCUGAUUCUGUUUCUUUACUUGAUAUGAACGAUAAGGGUCAGCUCAUCCAGGAUAUGACAUCAAAUUCUAGAGCAAACAACGUUGCGACCAAAGUGCAUUGGAGUGGUACCCUGGUGGAUAAUCUGAUCAUAUACGAUGGAGGGUACCAGAUAACUCUGUUGCCGGGAGGGAUGUACAUGGGAUGCCCUUGCGAUAUAGCCAAGAGCGUUGCGGAAUCCAAGUCGUUUCAUCUGGAAUUUUGUUGGCUUGAAUCUCCUGGGAAGAGACAGAGACUGGUUAGAACUUAUGACGUUGAAGGUUUGGCAGUAUCAUCCACAUACUUCUCCGAGACUAAAGUUUAAGUCUUUGAUUCUGGUUGUGUCGUGUUGGCAAGUAAAAGCUUGAGUACAGACGCCAUGUAAUAGUAUAUUGCAACACCGGAAUUGACAAAAUGAGGGUGGAAUUCUGUUAUUUGGGAGAGAAUUAGCUGGAGUGCUUGAAAUUAGUAUUCUCGGCAUAGUGAGGGAGCUGGAGAGCUUGAACUUAGAUAAGUCAAAUUUAUGCAAAUAUCAUUUCCAUGUGUUCUCUGCUCUCUUGUACGAAUUUGGGUACGCUGUAUAUGUGGUUUUUGUGUAAGCACGUAGUUUUGUUGUCGGACUAGACAUCUCGUGAUGACAUGAUCUAUAACUGUUAUAUGUACGCGGUAGUAAUUUGAACACUCAUUUGCAUUCAGUCAUGUAAACAUGGUAACUGAAGUGUCUCUUGUGGAUGAUCUUCAUUGACAUUCAUUCAUUAACAAAAAAAAGAGGCGAAACAGCUCACUGAUCACUAGUUGUGAGAUCUGUAAGAAGUUGUUUGUAUUCUUAUUUUAGUUCCUCUGUUUUGGUCGUUUGUGCUAUUUUCUUGGUGGUAAGUAACUAGCAUUUUUUUCUCAGUAUAGAGGAUUCGUUUACUAGUGAUGAUAAAAAUUUGGGUUUCAGAGCUUGUGAAACAUCUCAAAUCUUAAAUUAUUUUUUCUUUCCCACAAUGGAAUAACAAUGAAAUAAACCCAAUCACCAUGAGUGGAUUGGAUGUUGUAAAUUAACUUAUGAAUUUUAUUCAAACCCCAUUAGUGGAUUCUAGGCUAACACAUCAUUUGAUAAUCACUUUUUAGUUAGAAUUUCAGACAAAAUGAAUUCUCAGACGUUGGAAUAGUUGGAUUUUCGAUUCAUAUUGUGAUGAUUUUGAAAUUCGUCAUUAUUGAACACUCUCUAACAUUUUUAACUGUAGUUAUUUUAUGAUUUCAAUUAUUUAAACGAUGACAACUACACAUAUUGAGAGACUAUUUUCUUUUCCGCUCAAAAUGGCGUGACAUCGACCAUUCAUUUAACCUAUUUCAACAUUUCUCUACUACUGAUCAAUCUAACAGACAACAUCAUUAUUGAGAAUAAUAAGUUUCUACACUUGCAAUUUACAAACUGUUUUCCGACGAGAAAACUUGCGUAGAAAUAAAUGGACUUGCACCUUUGACUUCUUUGGACAACGAUUUCUAAGACACGGCUCAAACCUCUUCAAACAAAGUUCGAACGAGGGUGUUUGAUUGAUGGUUUUUGGGAAAGAAACUAAAUUAAAUUACUCCUACUUCUAUGGAGGUUCAGCGAGAGCUCCAACUACGACUAAGGUACAUUGCAGAUAAAAGGAUAAAGUUUGA